AUUUUUAGUAAUUAGUUGCUAUCAUAUUAAGUAGAAACAAUAUCCGAGAUAUAAUAUAAUAAUUAAAAUGAAAAUUAUAAUAGUUCUUAUUUUUUGUAUUUUUUGUCCUCCAUUGACAACACAAGGUAAAGCGGCCGUCAAAAAUCAGGUAAUUUGUAAUAUAGCUGGAAGAGCGUGGAGAAGUACUUAUGUAUUCGAUAUAUGCAUGCUGCCAGAACGUUGUGAUAUUAUUGAUGUAGGUCAAUAUGCUUUUGACCGUGAUAAUGGUGUUGAUACCCAUAUAAAGGAGUCGGAUAAAGAUAUAAUAAGAACCUUAGUAGAAGCUAACAAGACUGUUUACACACGCAUUGGGUUCAGAGGUGGUAAAGAUGAAUGGAUCCCAAUAUUUAAUCCCACGGAUGAAAAAGUAUUUCAGAAGCAAACAUUUGAUCCAUUAGUCAAUUUUUUAAAUACAUUUAAAAUUAACGGACUUAUUAUUAAUUGUGAAGACAUAUAUAGUAUUGCCACAGAUGAUAUUGAUAAAAAAAUUAGUAACUUUGUGUCUGCGAUUAAAAGUAAAGUUGAUAAAUUAAUAGUUGGUAUAACUAUUUCUGGGAAGUCCUAUAAAAAGUUUGAAAAUAAUACGCUAUUUGAUUUUACAAUAACAAAUCAAGUGUUGGAUCUUUAUAUCAUUAAUUGGGCAUACUUAAACGAUUGUGAAAAAGAUACCGUUAAAACUGGUAUGAGUCCAGUUACAUCAGCUAAUCCAAAUGUCACAACUAUUGCAAAAGUUUCUAGUAGUGUAGCUAAUUCAAAAAUGGAGAAAUCGAAAAUAUAUGGUAUGGUUCAAUUACUUCCAUACAUUCCAACAAAACUUCUUUCAAAAGAAUCUAUGUAUUGUAUCACAACGUAUUCUAUAUAUUGUAGCAGUACCAAUAAAGCAAAUUCAUCUCAAUGGUGUACUGACCCUUCACAACUUUUAUAUGAUCAAGGAGUACACGCAAAAAAUGUCUACGUUGGAAUUGUCCUAGAACAGCUUGAUACAGAUGAUUACGAGAGAAAAUGUGAAUGUGGCCCAUUUCCAGUAACAAACAUAGUUCUUGAUGGAUGGACAGGAUCUCCUUUUAAAACUUGUCCUAAGCUAGAUCAAAAUUAACAGAUUUUAAUGAAAAUAUUAUAUAUAAAAAAAUUAUCAUGUUUUACUCUAUGUAGUAAUAACUAGUACUCGGACUUAUAUGCAUUAAAAACCAACUAAAAAAGCGCUAAAUAAUGUUAUUUAUGCAAUAAAAUGUGGAAAAAUAAAAAUUAUAAAAGAAUUAGCAAAAAAAAUUGAAUUUUUGGAAUGUUUAAUAUUAAUAAAACAAUAUAUUUUAAACUAUGAAA